AUGCAGGUCUCCCUUGAGAAUAUUACAAGGGUUGCAGCAACCCUUUUUAACGUUAUAAAAGAUUCUGAAUAUUGGAUACGUGUGUUACAACUUAGCGCUGUAGAUGGUGGUAUUUUAGAUUGGGACGAUUUCGUUUAUGAUGUCAUAGAAGACAAAGAUAAAUUAAUUGCUGUGUAUGAAGAAGAAGAACCUCAACCUGUUGAUUGGGAUCUUGGGAGUAUUACAAGUUCGGAAGGUAGAUCCAGUAGAAGUGCCAUGAUCAACACUAAAUAUACACCAACCAAUGGGAGAAUAAUUUACCAACCUCAUAGUAAAGACACUUCAUUGGAAGUCGAUGUUGGAUUAGAUGCUCUCAAAUCAAAUUCACAGAUAGUGGUUCGAAGGGACAAUGAUGUCAGCGACGCAUCCAUGAAUCAUGAUUCUAUACUUAGCUCUAUAGAACAGUUUAUAAUUAAAUGUAUUUCUCCCCCUUCAGAUUCACAGAUAGUGGUUCGAAGGGACAAUGAUGUCAGCGACGCAUCCAUGAAUCAUGAUUCUAUACUUAGCUCUAUAGAACAGAGUGACGACCGUGGUCAGAAUGGAAGUUAUCUUCAACAAAUCAUGAAAAACACUAAACAUCCCGAACCCAAACAACCUGACCAUCGACAUGACGACGAACGUUCGUAUUUUGUUCGCGAUGUCACGCGACAAUCGAUGGCAAGCGGGUUGUCUGAGUCAGUUGAAAGCGACAAGCAAUAUUACAACCCCCUCCACACGACGACUUAUUAUAACUACCCCUCUUCCCCGAACAAUAAACCUAACGGUUACGAGGAGCAAACAGAUAAAAGUAAAGAUUCGGUUUAUGCUGAAAGCUUGCCAUGGUUCUAUAAAGAUUCACAAGAAGUAUGUUUGUCCAAUGAUGGCAGGGAGCUUGGUAUACAGGUAUCUGAGUACAGAGAUCGAAGCAAUAAUAAAUUCGCCGGUCUUCUCGUUUCCUCCAUUAAAUCAGGAUCGAGAGUAGAAGAAGAGAAAUUGUUAUCCCUUGGUGAUGUCAUAGUGGAGAUCAAUCAACAUGUUCUAAUGUAUUUCAACCUCGAUGAUGCGAAAGCGAUUUUAAACGAGAGUUGUCAUUAUGCGGAACUGCAGUUAAGAAUAUUGCCAGUGGAGGAGCUAGAGAGACAUGUUGAAUUUGAAUCACGACCAAACAACGUUCCAUCGUUAUCACUGACCACCGCAAGCCCGCCUAUUAGCAGUGAUGCACAACCAAAAAACCUCAGUGUUUCCCAAUCAUCAACUUCAGCUUCGUCAAUGUCAACUCAUGAAUCCACCUCCCCCCACACCAAGCUACCACUUAUUGCGCAACAAUCUUACGAUAAUGUAAGUUGUUAUACAAGGAAGAUCGGAAGCAGAAUCGACAUUCAACUCAUGAAAGAAACCUCCGGAUUAGGUUUCAGCAUCACAACACGAGAUACAUCAGUGGGUGAUCCUGGUCCGAUAUAUAUUCGUAACAUAUUACCAACCGGUGCUGCUGUGCAAGAUGGAAGGCUACAAGCUGGUGAUAGAUUGCUUGAAGUCAAUGGUGAAGACAUGAAUGGGAAAACACAAGAAGAUGCUGUUGCAAUAUUGAGAGGAAUUGUCAUCGGAAGUCUUGUAAACCUCGUUGUUAGUCGACAGAAUGAAACUUUACCAAGAAAACUGAAAGACGAUCCAGUAACAGAUAAAGUUAUCAGGGAAGAAAAUGUGAAAGAAUUUUUCAUGUUUGAGAUUCCACUCAAUGAUACAGGAUCAGCUGGGCUUGGAAUAAGUUUGAAAGGAAAUCAAAGCAAGAAAUCUGGGAAAGAUCUGGGAAUUUUUGUGAAAGCUAUUUUCCAUGGUGGUGCUGCAUGGCAGGAUGGUAGAUUAAAAGUAAACGAUCAACUUGUUAAAGUGAAUGGACAUUCAAUGACGGGAGCCACGAACAGAGAAGCCAUUGAUAUAUUACGAACAUCAAUGUCUAAUGAAGGGAAUAUUAGAGGGUUGAUACAGAUGGUGGUUGCGCGAAGACAUCCAACAUCAUCCCGUGUUUCAUCAGAAGCCAGCAGUGAUUUAUCCGACUCUAUCCUUGACCAAUUAUCAACAAGAUCAGGUUCGCAAGAUACGGUUAAGCCGAUGCAUAGAAAGCAAGCCUCACUCCCUGCUUUGUUCGUCGAAACAUCUUUUGGUUCGGAUGAUGCUCCUCCUGUGUCCUCCACUCUUGAGAGGAAAGAUAAAAGAGGAAGACCCUCAUCUCGAGGCGCGGUUGCUCGUAGGAUCUCGCAUCAUCACAUCCGAUCUAAAUCUGUGACUGCUGAGAGCGAUCACGUGGAUGUGGAAGUUGUUAAAAAAGUUCGGGAAAAGAUUUUGAACUCCUCGUCUUCGAGCUUCUUGAGUAACUUGAUCCAGCAGUCCCCCGCUUCCCCAACCUCCCCGGAUCCCUCCAGGAGCUCGACACCUAACCCCUAUGCGACAUGGACCAUACCAAGGACUCACCGCAUUGCGAAGCGAUCUCUUUCCCUCCGCAGCUCACGUAAUAAUGGUGGGGUUAAUUGUGGUGAGCAUAGCAGGAGGGUGUUUGAAAGCAUCACAGCGAACGAGCUCACAAUAGAUGACACGAGAUCGCGGAUGAUGGAUGAAGAUGAACCUCUUGAUCUCUCACAAACAAGAUCAACAUCUCCCAUCAAUCCGGACGUAGUAAUGGUUGAUGAUGAUUGGCCAAAUGUUUCCGAUCCAUUCAACCGCGAAUCUGUCACUCGUCAAUCAAUGUCGGAGAAACGAAAAGAUCCGAUACCGAGGUUGCCGUUUAAUGUUGAGGGGAAGUCCAACAAGGAUGUUGAGGGGAAGUCCAACAAAGAUAAAGAUUCUACAACCCCUUAUUCAUCAAAACAAACCAACAACAAUAAUUCUCGCAACUUUGGGAGCAACGUUCCCCAACCAAUGACGUUAAAAAAAUCAGUAUCAACCGAAUCACUGUUGACUGCAAAUACUUUGCAUAGUAAUUGUAUGCAGGGUAGGCAAGAAAAGAAAGCAGACCAAGUUGACGUUGGCCCAACAUUGGGAAUCGCGAAGUCAAGUUCACUCGAAAGUUUGCAAAGCGCUGUGGAGAAAUGUUAUGUGGAGGAUAAACUGGAUGCUGGCUAUCCUAGAGCAUUGCCCAAGGUUGUAAGAGGCCGAUUAAUGAAUGAUAGUUUUCGAGCUGCCUUGGAUAGAUCUUAUGAUAUGUCAUCAGGAACUCCUCAUAUUAAACCAAUGGAUAUUUCUCUGCACAAGAAUGAUGACAAUGUGCAAGAAGACGCAGAUUGUGAUCAAACAAACGAACAAACAAGAAAGAAACGAUCAACAAAUAAAGGAACAAAGUUUUUUGGUUUGUUUAAAUUAAACAAAUCGAAGCGCAGCCAAGGUUCGAGUCCUCGUGGAAACCUCGCUGAAAGUGAAGUUUAUAAACGUGGUUUGGAAGCAAAUCGUGUGAGAGAGUUUGAAAAGAUGAACGUUGAGAAAGAAAUAAUCCAAGCAAAAGUCCACGAGUUACGCAACAGACAACUCAACUCACAAACUGAAUCAAAACCCAAAAGCGAUUACGAUCGACUAAGGCCACCUAGUGUUCCUGUUACUUCAAUGCAAAGAAUACGAGACAAUGAUGUCAUAUUAAACUACAACAGCACUUCUAGUGGUAGACAUUCCGUUGACCCCUCCUCCAUGAAAAAUCAAUCCAUUAUGACAUCACAAAGGGAACAAUCCCCCCAACACCCGACGUCAUCGAGACGGAAAAUAAAAGAUUCAAAAUUUAAGGAAAACUCGUCACUGCAUAGCUCCUUGCCAAGUUUGUUGAACAUUGAGUCGUUGAAUGAAAAUGUCCACGAAACACCUGUAUUUGAAAAUUACAUAGGAAAUGGUUCAAUUCAUCCUUACAGACAGCCACGAAGAGAAAGAUGGAGCAACACGUCCCAUCUUCCCCACGAAACGAGUCCCGUCCGUCAAUUCACAUCUCGUGGAACAUCAUCGAUGACGAAGUUCGACAAUCGAGAGUUUUAUAAUCGUCAGAAACCUUCAUCUACUAGAUCCCGAGCUGAUCCCGCAUCCGCUGAAAAGAUGAGAGGCGGAAGAUCUUCGUUGGAUCAGAGGACUCUUUACUACGAUGAUAGAGAAAGGAGCCAACCGGAUGAAUUCACUCACAGACGAGAGAAAAGUCCGGAACCUCCAAGUCAGAGCUUUUACGUCUCCAACAAUCGAACUCCUCAAAGAAGAGGAACAAUUGAUGUUGUUCCAACUUCCAACAUUCACAGACACACCACGUCACCUCAUCAACAAAACACAAGGUUUGCAAACAAUGACCAUUAUGACAUCACUGAGGAUAACUCUAGAACCUCGGAAUCAUCAGAGCGUAACCGCGCAACAUUUUAUCGACUAAUGCGAACGCAAAGUCCCAACGGUAUUGAUGAUCGGGUCGAAAAAAUUGAAAUAUCUGUUCCGUAUAAUCUGUAACGUUAUCAGCAGUGCACUUUCUACCUGUUGUAAUCAUUUGUUUUACUUUUAUAUAAUUGGUAUUUCUCUAAUCGUGGUAAAUCUGCAAUUGAUUAAAAACAAUGUUUUUCACUUUUUACACUUUUCUGUAUUUUUUUCUAUAAAAUAUUUUUCAAUGUUUAAUCGAUACGGUGCGUCAUUUAUCCAUCACUGAAACUCUGUAGUUCACCAUUCACUGUUAUUGUCACCAAACUGUGUUCAGUCUUGGUUCCUCUGCUGUAACAAUUUCCUGAAUUUAUCGCUGCCUGUCCAAAAUUAAAUCCAUCUUUUCUUUAUUGAGAA